UCACAUUCUAGGGUGCAUCUGAGUCUGAGGUGCCUCCUGUGCAGCAGCUGUGAGCUCUCACUAAGGCUUUCCACCUGCCUGAGCGCAGGAGGAACACCAAUGUGUGGCUUUUAAAGGGAGACGUCGUUUUUUAUUCUGCUGACUCAGAAGGCACAGAGUUAGGGUUGCUGUUUACCACAUGAGGCAACAAAACUGGAGAUUGUAGCAAGGGAUGUCGUCCAAUGAGAGCUCAGAAACUCGAUACAGGUCAGAGGUCAGAGGCUCCAACAGCACCCUCUGUCAUAGGGAGCUGUCUGUGACAGCGUCCGUCAUCUCCAUGACUGUGGGUAUUUUCUCCAACAGCUUUGCUCUCUUCAUUCUGAUAAAAUCCUAUAGUCGCCACCGAAUCAAGUCCAAAGCAUCCUUCCUGCUGUUUGCCAGCAGCCUGGUGACCACCGACCUGCUGGGUCACCUCAUCAAUGGCUCCCUGGUACUUCACGUUUACCGUUUUCACAGGAAGUGGGACACUUUCGAUCCACAUGGCAUCGUGUGCAGCAUCUUUGGAGUGUGCAUGGUGUUCUAUGGUCUCAGUCCCUUGUUUCUGUCAAGUGCCAUGGCUGUAGAGCGCUUUAUCGGAGUAACUAAACCUAUCUUCCACUCAACAGUGUUGGCCUCCCACCACGUUAGAAGGCUGCUUGGGUUCACCUGGCUGCUUGCUGCCAUUGUGGCUUUGUUGCCUUUGCUGCUGAGGAGACCCUAUGAGGUCCAGAGCUCCAGGAGUUUUUGUUUCUUUCACAUGGAACACCCCAAAGACUGGUUAGAUAUACUGUUGCCACUGAUCUUUUCUGUUCUUGGUUUGCUGGCACUGCUGCUCUCCAUUGUUUGCAAUACUCUGGCAAGCUGUGCCCUGCUGCAAGGCAGACUGCGGCACAAACACGGCUGCAGGGGAACAUCCUACCACUUGGAGAUGAUCUGCCAGCUGCUGGCUAUCAUGCUGGUGUCCUGCGUGUGCUGGGGGCCAUUACUGGUCCAUGUCAUCAUUCUGAGCACUAGAGCUAAAGAGGAAUCCUCCAGCUUCAGUCUGUUGACAAUGGUACGGAUGGCCACAUGGAAUCAGAUCUUGGACCCCUGGGUCUACAUCCUAUUGAGAAAGGCUGUUCUGAGGAAAAUCUUCAUGUUGUUUCACAGCUGCUGGGGCUCAAAGCUUCACACCUUCCACCGCUGGCAGCGCAGCACGCUCGGCAGCUCCGGGGAGAUGAGCAAAUCUGACUGCCUCCGCUACAGCAGACAGCCCCUUCCAGACACUACCAUCCAAUUCAUCACCUGAGUCCUGAUCGGGAGCCUUUAAUUGAAAUGAUGUGUCAGAAUUAAAACAUUAUUGAGUGACUACACAGACGACAGUGGCAUUCUUCCCUAAACAAGGUGGCAUUAACAGAUCUCUGAGAAUCAUUAUCUCUACUUUGUUGCAUAAGCUGCUUUUAACUAUGUGGAUAUUUUUGAGGAUUGUUUGCAGGAAAUUUAAUAUCUAUAUUUUUGUGUAGAAACUCAUUGUAACACAAUGACAUGUAAUGGGUAUGCAUGAAUGCAACAGAGUACCAUACUUGCAUGAAACCAAACAAAGCAAAAAUAAAUGUCUGCUGAUCUAAGUGGUCAAGUUUGUUUAAUCAAUACAUUUUGGAAGUGAAAAUGUUCCUUUAUUUUAAUUACAAAAAGUGAUUUAUUUUAGCUGCAGCAGAGUGAACAAAAAUUGGUGUUGAUAGCUGACCUUUUAUUUUGUAUUUUACACCUGUGAAAGGG